GUUGAUUUGUCUUGCACAGUUUUGUUAACUCUUUGCUACUUAGUCUAUAAAUAUAUUUUCAGAAAUGGACGUAUUGGGCAAUUUAGAAGUCAGGUGGGCCCAGGGUUUGACAAGCACAAAUGUUGAAUUUGUUGACAAGAAUACAGCCUGCUACGUCUGUGGGAACUACAUCGUUUUUCUGAAUAUGGAGACAGAAAUAAGAAGUGUUCUGCAGUGUCCUGGUCGAGGUAUUGGUUCGUUCACAGCAAAUGGACAUUCCCGGACCUUUGCAUUCUCUGACCAUAAACUGAAUCCCUCCAUAUUUGUGUACAAUUAUCCUGAACUUAAGCUGAAGAAUGAACUAAAGGGAGCAGCCAAACUGGACUACACAUCUCUGGCACUAAGUACUGCUGGUACUUAUUUGGCCUGCUGCUCAUCACUACCGGACCACACCUUAACAGUAUGGAAUUGGGAAACCGGGAAUCCAGUUUGCAACCAACCACAAGCUGGAAAAGACAUCACCUCUUUAACAUUUAACCCAGUGAAUUGGCUCCAGAUUUGCACUUUGAGUGCUUCAUCCCUUACAGUUUGGAACAUUGAGAAGUGUGACAGCUUUCAUUUAAUGAAACCGAGUGUGAUAGAGCUUCCUGUGACGGAUGGCUCUCUGGUUGAGAGGGAGAGGAACCCCUCUCAUAUCCCUACUGGAAAGCUUACCUACUUGGGACCUCAGAUGCCAAUCUCAGCCAUUGCAGGGCUUGCAGGAGCCAAGACAGAAGCAUUUGUGCCCAAAGAUCACGUCAAGACCAAGCUGAAGCCUAGUGCAAUCUGCUGGACAGCCUCAGAGCUUUUUGUGGGCUGUCAGGAAGGCCACCUACUGCAGGUUGACUCAGAUUCCCUGACUGUCUUUGUUCUCAUCAGCCCCUCAGGUGACUGUCCUGAGUUUCAGCAAGGCAGUUUCCAGAGCUUAGCGCUACACAAAGAUGGACUGUUCGUGGCAGGAAAGGAGAAUGUUCUACGCUGCUUGCAAAUUAAGGGGAACCAAGUAGAGGUUACACAAACAUGGAAAUUGGAAGAACCAGCCACUACCAUAAUAUAUUCCCCAGACUAUGAAAUUCUGCUGUUAGCUUCCAGUACAGGGCGCAUCUACAGGCAUAAACCAUCCCAGUCUGAAAAGGUGGUGAAAGUCCUGGAUAUUCUCAGUGGGGACUUUGUGGCAGCAGCUUCUCUGUAUACUGAUAAGAACGUCUGUGUGUCAGUCAGGGACUCUGGAGAGUUGCAGCUUUGGUCUGUAGAUGCUGGCUUCUGUAUCGGUUCCUUACCCCUUCAUGUAAAGGCAACCAGUUUGGCCUGCUGUCCGAUUGCUCAAUACGUUGCUGUGGGAACAGUGUCGGGGCAUGUCCUGUUCAUUGAGCUGACCAGGAAACAGCUGCCUCGUCUGGUGCACAGGGUUAAGCUCUACUACACUCCUGUGGACCACCUACUUUUUGAUCAGGGAGGAAACUUUCUUGUCACUGGUGCUUCGGAUGGGAAUAUAGUGGUCUUAAAUGCAAGGCCUUCCAGAACAUUUGAGAUAAUUGGAUACACAGCUGUUGAAGGAGCCAUUCUGUCCCUGUCGACCCAGUACAGAAGGGACAUUAAGCAGGUCCAACUGCUGGCUCUUUGUGCCGGAGAGAAGAGAAGAGGCAACGAGGAGGGCAGACUGCUUACACAUCUUACACUUCCUGUACAAGAGCUCACAGAAGCAGGAGUGUGUGCAGAUUUGAGAGGAUGUCUGUACAAUAACGUUCUACAAAGGUGCACGUAUGAGGUUGCUUACCCACUCAGCUGUUCUGCCCUGGGAGCCAAUAGGAUCUUUGGCUACUGCCACAAGAAGAAAGUUUUCCAGAGGUUCCAGCUACCUGAGGGAACAAAAAGGUCCUCUGACCAGGAGGUGGUCCAGCUGAACCCAGAGAAGGAGGUGGAGGGUCACCCUAUGGGCCCCGCCUCCAUCCUCCUGUCACCUCAUCAGUUAUGGCUGGCCUCCGUGGGCCAAGAUGGGCUGCUGCGUAUUCGGGAGAUAUCCAGUCUGGACCGAUAUGUUCAGAUCCAGUGCCACUCGUGUUGGCUGGGAGGGGUGAGAAGUGUCUCCUUCACCUCAGACAGCCAGACUAUAAUCACUACAGGCUUGAAAGAUGGCUCUCUGGUCUGCACUAGACUCAGUCUGAAAAUAGCUGGUGCUGGCAAAGCGAAUGCAGCUACACAGCACAGCCAGUCUAUAGCCAACACCCAGGAUAGCGUGAUUACGACAGAGGACCCUGUUCUCACUAGUAUGGCUGACUGGGACCCAGAGGCCCUGUCCACCCCUGGGUCAGCAGACCGACAAGGAACUGAGGCCAGUCUUAAGGGACAGGUUGUUGAUUUGACAGAACAGGAGGAGAGUUACACCACCCUACCCUCAGUCACAUCCUCAGACUCUACCUGGUUGGACAAAAAGCUGCAAGCGGUUAUGAAGGAGGAGAGCCAGCAGUUUUCUGAGACAAAGAAAAGCCUGAGGAAAAAUAUCAAACAGUUGCGUGACACAAUCCAGAUGAUGAUGAGAGAAAACGAGAUGUUACCUGUCAUGGAGAAGCUUGAGCAGCAGGAGUUCAACCUGGAUGUUGAUGAGCAAAAAAGACUGCAGGCAGAGGGAGAGCAGGAGGUUACCAGGGUCCGAAAUGAGAUUGAGUUGGAGAACCUAGCCAAAUGUUAUCUACGUGACGUCCUCAAGAAAGAAUGCUGGGAUUCUAUGAAAGUCAAAGGGCAAGCUAUUAAGGCCUUCCACUCUGAAAACGAGGUGAAGAACUACCCUAUGAAGGAACGGACACAGCAGGAGCUUGGUGAACUUCACAGAGUGGAGAGUAUCAGGAAGAUAGAACGUGCUGAUAGCAUUCUCCAGCAGGAGAUUCUGGAGAAGAAAAACAGGAGUGUGGCAGAAGAAGAGGAGGAGGAAGGACGUGAGAUGGAGAGUGCCGCCCUCACAGGUAGCCUCAGUGCACAGUACGGAGGCUCAAACCCCUACCUCUACAAUCAGUUCAACUUGCACAUCAGAGAGCAGAAGAUCAACCAGAUCACUUUGCUACAGGAUGUUAUCUACAAAGUGAAGACAGCCUUCAACACAGAUUUUGAUAGAGUGCACAAACAGAAGGAGCAAGAGAUCAACCGUGUAAUGGAUAAAAACCGCCGUAUUAGAGAGAUCAUGUCAGAGCUGGACCUGAAGGGGGAGCCGUGGGAGCCUAGCCUGUCGGACAGCGAGCGGCCAGAGAGGGCGCUGUCUGUGGAGGACUCUGAGAUUCCGUUUGAAAAGCACCUUACCCCAGAUCAAAGAAGUAAAGAAGAAGAGAAGAAGAAAGAAGAGGAACAAAGACGGCUUGCGGCCAAGAGCGACAAUAUAAGAGAGAGAGGUCUGGAUCAAAUGAUGGCUGGAGUACUUGAGCUGAAAAAAGAGGACAUCUUGAGGAUGGAGGUGCCUCAACCUGAAUUCAUUGUGUCAAAACCAGACAUUCAGUGGAAAGAGGAUGAGAAAAAGAUCUACAAAGAGUAUGAGAAGAGAGUUAAAGAACUGAAUGAGGAGAAGGAGAAGUACAGAAAGACUCUGGAAGCUGAAAUGAAGAAACUCCAAGCGUCCAUCAUGGAAGCGACACAGGGGUUCGAUGAAACCUUGACCAAGCUCUUUGAGAGGAAGGUCAAAUCUGAGAUGGUGAUAUACCAGGAAGAGCUCAAGAUUGCCAAUCUAGUAUACUCCAUUUUGAUAGAGGAGGAAAUGAUCAAUAGAGAGACAGAGCUCAGCCUCAAACUUGAAGAAGUAAGGGUCUACAAGAGUAAAACUGGAGAAGAGCUCAACAAGCACAAACAGAACGUAGAAAUGUUCCGGGAGACCUACGACAAUGUUGUUGCAGAAGACAAACUUCUUGACAGGGGAUUCAGGAAGGAGUUCUUUGAUGUUCCAGGCCAUGUUGUUGAUCAGCUGUUUAAGUUAUACAAGCGCCGUCCCAGAGUCCAGAGGAUGAGGACCCAGGCAGACAACAGUACCAAUCCUUUUAAAGAGCGGCCCCUUCAGGGCCCAGUGGCAGCCGAAGGCCUCUGUCAGAUGAUGAAGGCCAUGGAGGAGCUGGACACUCCAGAAAACAUGCCUGAAGGUCUGGAUCCAUCAAUUUGGGAGAGGUUCUGCCUUGCCCGCAGAGCCAAAGUAGAGAGUGAGCAGCAGGUGAAAAUAAAAGCUUUGAUUCUGGCUGAAAUUCAGGCUUUCCUGCAGAAGAGGAGUGAUGAGGAUGAGAGUGCAAGACUGGAAAUUAUAAGUUUAAUUGAUGAAAUCAAUGGGCUGCGAGAGGAGAAGAUGCGUUUCCGUUUAGACAUCAUGGUCCAGAUCCUAAUCAGACAGGGCCAAGUUGAAAUAGAGAAUGGGGACUUCAUUGCCGACUACUCGGACUCUUUGCUGAUCCAUAAGUGUGUGGUGGAGGAUCUCAACAAAACCAUCCGGGCUCUGGGAGAGCAGAAAAUAGACAGCAUGGUUGAGUGCAAGGACUUCCGUAAGGGCAUCAUCCAGCAGGAAUGGGAGCACAAGAGAAUGAGGAUGCAGAUGGAGGACCUGAACAACACCGCUAGGGACAUCCAGAUGCUGCACGUCUCUCAGGAGCUGCAAGAGUAUCUAAGUGAGACGGAUCAUGACAACCGCAUAUCAAAGCAAGUUUCAACUGUAGAGAAAACCAUAACAUUACAGGAAAAGGUACAUUUUAUAUAAUUUCAUAGAACGGAUUUCAUAAAUUUUAUUGGAUUGUCAAAACGUAA